UGGUCUCAGAGAGAACAACAGUCGAACAAUGAAGAGCACCCAAACGAAUGCUGAUGAAACCACUACCUGUGACAGCCAUGAUCUUGGCAUUGCGGCGGGGACAACCAACAAGAAGCUGGAUGAAAAAGCAGCAGAUACAAAAAAAGAGGAUCAGUUUGAAAAUCUUGCCCACAGUCACAGUAAAAAAUCCAACAAUGAUGGCAGUGAUGCUCUUGUUGUGCCUCAAGCACACAUAUCCACGGAGCCGAACCCAUUUUUGGAUGUUAGCGGCAUCCAGCCAAUGCCAACAACCCUAUUACGAGCACGAGUAUUCCAAAAUCAACAUCCUGGCGCAUUCGCAGUUGCGGGCGUGGACAAUCACUCUUCAGCUAAUAAUCACAGCAUCACCCACAAUUCGGAAAAUGUCCCAUGGGACAUCACAGGCAGGAGCACAACUGAAAAUAGUGGGCUACCAGUUGCAAAUCAGGUAGCCGACAACUCAAAUUUACCUGUAGCAGAUUUGGAAACUGGACACAGCAAUUUACGGGAGAAAAGGGAUGAGUCCCCUUUGGUGGUUUUCGGAACCAUUUUCUACCUCCUUUGUCUGAUUGUGCUCAUCGUUGUGGUUGCUGUGGUUGCAAGCUCUAAUGGGACUGAAGAAGGAAAAGAACAGAUUGGUCCUUUGGAAUCACCAACAAUGGCCCCCUCUGGCCUUCCAGACGAAGUACUCAACUUGUCCAGCAUUGAACUUUUGAUCAUACAAGCAUUACCCAAUCACACACUGGAAGCACUGGAGGAACCAGACUCCCCUCAGUCUCUUGCCCACCAGUGGUUACUGACAGACUUAGAAGAAAACAACUACACCCUCACCAGCAGGCUCAAGCAGAGGUUUGCGCUUGCUUCACUCUUCCUUGCUACAAAUGGAGAGGACUGGUUGGUGAAUGAUCAUUGGUUGAACCAUUCAGUUCAUGAGUGUUUUUGGUUUGCAAGAGAGACCUUUUUGGAUGUACCUACUGACAAUACUUCCUACGUUGAAGUAACAAACCCCAAUCCUUGCGAGAUGCCACCCGAGCGAAUCAAUGGCUCAAGAGCUGUCAACAUUGAACAUAACCACUACCAGCAUAUCUGGCUCCAUUCUAAUUCACUUCAAGGAAGCUUGCCCCUCGAACUUUUUUGGCUUACUGACUUGAGAAGCAUUUCCCUAUACAACAACCAAGAUGUGGCUGGUUCUAUUCCCUCCAAUAUUGGGAAGCUAAGCAAGGUGGACGCCCUUAACUUGGGAGGAAUAAGCCUUUCUGGCUCACUUCCAACUGAAAUUGGCCUCUUGUCUGACUCCAUGUUCAGUAUUGCCAUAAUCAAUGCUCAAUUGGAGGGAAACCUUCCAUCAGAGCUAUGUCUCUUGCAAAACCUGCGUGAUUUGUUGGUGGAUCAAAAUAGAUUCACUGGGGUUGUUCCAGCUGAGUUGGGCUAUGCAUCAAAUUUGGAAUUGAUCUACUUGGCUGAAAACUUGUUCACAGGGACACUCCCCAACUCUCUGGUGCAGCUUCCAUUGGCGCAACUCUACAUUGAAUUGAAUCAUUUCUCAGGAACCCUGCCCACAGAAAUUGGUUUGCUUAGUGACGUCAAGGAUUUUGCUGUAUACGGCAACAGCUUCACUGGAACCAUCCCAAGUCAAGUGGGUCUUAUGUCCUCUGUGGAAAAUCUUGACUUUGAUGAAAACUACAUUUCUGGAACUUUUCCCUCGGAGAUCUUCCUUCUCACCAACAUGAGGCGCUUUUGGGCUUGUUGUAAUGGUCUCACUGGAACCAUCCCCAGUGAGUUUGGCGGGAUUGCCACCCUUGCUUGA